AUGAACAACGACAUUUUCCCACUGUUAGAAAUUCCAGAGCUUGCAAUAUGUCUGCAGAGCUGUGAUUUUAGUCUUGCUACUGAGGAUAACAUUGCAAGACCCACGUCGAUGUACGUGAUGACGCUUUACAAGCAAAUCAUUGAUAACUUUAUGGGUAUAUCUGCAGAUUCUUUGAUUAGUAUUGGUAGAGAAGGUAAUGAGGAAGAAGAUGCUGCUUAUAAUGCAACUUUACAGGUACUGGUGCUGAACAAAAUAUGCUUCAAGUUCUUCCAAAACAUUGGCGUCAACGAUUUUAAUAUGUUGGAUCUAUACAAGCCAGAUGCUCUGAGGACACGAAGGCUUUUGAGUGCUGUAGUCAAUUAUGCAAGGUUCAGAGAAGAGAGAAUGUUUGAUUGUAAUAGGUUCAUCAGUCAGACUGAAGCUCUACUGGGCCAACUUCGAUCGAAGUUUGAUGACUACAAUUUAUUACAACAGCAACUUGAGGAUUAUGAUGAAGAAGCUACCCACUUUGGAGGACCUGAAUUAGAAUCGCUAGAGGAAAAUAAUAAGGAAUUAGAGGCACAGCUGAAGAAUUUGACCCAGGUGCAACAGACGCUGUCAUUGGAUUAUAACAACUACAAAGAUCAGAAACAGAAGAUGUUAAAGGAAUUAGAAUCUUUUGGUUUUCAAUUAGUUGAAUUAGAGUCUUUGAAGGAGAAAUUAUCUAAAUAUUCAGAGACUAAUUUGCAAGCAUUGCAGGAUGGUAUAUCUGAAUUGCAAACGAUGUUAAAUGAUAAACAACGAAAUUUAACAGAACUACAAAAAUCACAACAGAAUUUUGAGGUCUCUAUGCAAACCUUCCAGAGGGUUAUUGAAGAGUUAUAUGAACUACUUAGAAUUAUCUCCACAGAAUUGCAAGAAUCGCAUAUGAAGGAAUCAAACCUAAUGGAUUUGAAGCAACAGUUAAUCAUUAGACGUGAUAAGAUGGAAAACAUGUUGUCCUCAGGUCUAAUGGUUAAGAUGUCAGUAUUACAGGAACAGUUAGACGCUCAUAGAACUCAGUUAGAUGAUUUGGAAAGAAAUGCCAGACUAGAAUCAGAGAGGUACGACCAAGAGCUAAUGGAAUUACAGCAGGAAUAUGCUGAUAAAGUAGUACCUCAAGUACAGCAGGCUGAACAAAAUAUUGAAAGAGAUUUCAUCUUAGGUCAAGUUAAAGAAUUAGAACAAAAGAUGCAAAGUAUAAAAGUAGAUUUCCAAAAUGAAGUUGAUGCAGUGGAAUUAGAAUAUUCACUAUUGGCUGGCCACAUCAACAAAUAUAUGGAAACCAUGUUAGAUAAACUGUAA